CGUUUCACCUGUUACGUUACCCUCUCGUUGUCUUGCUUUCCUUCUUCUUUGCCGCUCAACUCAACAAAACCCAGAAGCGGCCGAUAGCCAAAAUGAAACAUUAUUAGGGAAUAAAAAACGCGUAUAUUUAUGAUGUUGGUGCUGAGAAGCGCUUUUGUCUCUGCUUCUUCAAGAUUUGCUUCUGCUUCUCUGCUUGAGGACGGUACCACUAACAGACCCAGUAGCCUUUUUUCUUUCUUCACAAAUUAUCCAAUUGCUUUUGCUUCAAUGGCUUCCCUUCAUUCUCAAACUUCUUGUUCUACUACUAGUAUUAUUGCUAGUAGAAUAUCUAAAAAAGCAAAAAGACAUGCUCAGGCCCAGUUCUUGAAAUCUGUGAGGGAACAAUGUAAGUAUGGUAUGCUGACUAAUUUUAACGAUGCCCUCACCAUAUUCGAUCAAUUACUUCAAAUGGGUUCCCGGCCGUCUAUCGUGGAUUUCAAUCAGAUUUUAGGUAAAAUUGCGCACAUGAAGCGUUUUUCGGCCGUGAUUUCUUUAUAUAAGCAAAUGGGCUUGCGAGGAAUUAUGCCUGAUGUUUGUACUUUGAACAUUGUGACCAAUUGUUUUUGCAACUUGAACCGCUCGGAUUUUGCGUUUUCCUUACUGGGUAAGAUUUUGAAACUUGGGUAUGAGCCGGGUUGUAGGACUUUCACUACUCUGAUUAAUGGGUUUUGUAUUGAUGGUAAAAUAGUGAAAGCGGUGGAGUUGUUCAAUGCAAUGGUGGAGAUGGAGUAUUGGCCAGAUGUGGUUACUUAUGGGACGAUAACUAAUGGGUUGUGCAAAAUGGGUGAUACUAGUGCGGCUAUCGGGAUGCUUAGGAAGAUGGAAGAAGGAGGUUGCAAGCCUGAUAAAGUUGUAUAUAGCGCUAUCAUUGAUCGUCUAUGCAAGGAUGGGCAAGUUAUUCAGGGUUUGAAUCUAUUGUUAGAAAUGAUAGGUAAAGGUAUUUCUAUAGAUGUUGUCAGCUGUAAUUCCUUGAUUCAUGGGCUAUGCAAUUCGUAUCAAUGGGAAGAAGUUUCAGGUUUUUUGAAGGAAAUGGAGAGUAGGGACUUUGUACCAGAUCUAAGAAUUAUAUGUAUGUUGACAGAGAUGCUUUGUAAAGAAGGAAUGAUUGUUGAACCAAAAUAUGUGAUUGAAGUAAUGAUCCAGAGAGGUUUGGAGCCCGAUAUAGUCACUUAUAGCACACUUAUGGAUGCAUACUGUAUGCGGGAUCAGAUUGAUGAGGCAAGAAAAGUCUAUGAUGUGAUGGUUGAGAGGGGUUGCCAUCCCGAUGCUUGUUGCUAUAACAUCUUGAUCAAAGGAUAUUGCAGGAGUAGAAGAGUGGAUGAGGCCAUGAUUCUUAUUGAAGAGAUGUCUGUUAGGAGGCUGGUUCCUGAUUCUGUAACUUACAACACUCUUAUUGGUGGCAUGUGCCUUGUUGGGAGACUUAAAGCUGCACAAGAGCUUCUUAAUGAUAUGGAAGGUCAUGGUAAGAUUCCAGAUAUCUUUAGUUACUCCACAUUGCUGGAUAAGCUAUGCAAAAAUCAAGCUAUCGAUGAGGCUAUGAAACUUUUCAAAGCAAUUGAAAGUAAUAGGAUGGAUUCUGACAUUGUGAUUUACAGUAUCUUCAUUGAUGGUAUGUGCAAAGCUGGGAAACUCAAACUUGCAAGGGGAGUAUUUUCUGGUCUCUCGAAAAAAGGGUUAAAACCCAAUGUUAGGACCUAUACUUCAAUGAUUGAUGGACUUUGUAUGGAAGGGCUAUUGGAUGAAGCAAGGGAGUUACUCAAAAGAAUGGAUGAAAGUGACUGCCCACCAAAUGGUUGCACGUAUAAUGCAAUUAUCCGAGGAUGUCUAAGAAACAAAGAGACAUCAAGGGCAAUAGAACUUCUUCAAGUAAUGGCUGAGAGGGGUUUCGCAACAGAUUCUUACACUAAUAGCAUGUUAGUAGAUUUGCUGUCUACUGAUGGUCUACACCCUUCUUCUCUUGAAAAGCCUUAAGAGUUAUGUAUGAAGGCUAUUCCUGGUAUUGAACAUGAAGUUGAAGCAUCAGGCGAAAGUUGGCAGUGCAGUAAUCUUAAUGGAUUACUUUUCUGUGAAGCAGUAGCAGGUUGCUUUUUACUCCCUAGAAGUGUCAUCUUCGCAAUCUGCUGCAUGAAAAAUACCAAGUGCUUUAUCUCAAAGAUUAGGGAUACCUUAAAAAGUAUGAUCUUAUGGAAAAGGCUUGGAAAUCUUCUAGAUAAAAAAUGUUCAGGAACUUAGCUUGGAGUUUCAGCAUCAAUGAUCAAACUAAUUACAGUAAAAGGAGCUUUAAGCACUCAGGUAAAUAUUAAUUUAGCAACACUUUCAGAGACACAUGAUAAGUUGGUGAAAGCAGUACAUCAAAGCUUCAUGUGUCUUCUUGGACCAUGGUUAUGAUCCAAUGACCUUGCCAAUCUUCCAUCCAUAAUAUCAGAAGAUAAUUUUGAAUCUAUUUAGGUAUAUAAAUGUUCUUCACUCUGACGUGUAUAUUUGUAACAUAUUUACAUUAUAGCUUUUGGUUUGUGAUAUAAUCUAUAGCUUUUAAUUCAAUAGCUUUUAUUGAAUAGCCCGAUAUGUAAUCUACUGAUUAAUUAAAAAAAACCGAUUCAAACUCUACAUUAUUUAUGCCUCCUUCUCAUCAUCACUAAUUCAGGUUCAAUAUAUUUUCUUUCACUGUUGUCAAGUGAAGUGUAUCACCCUUUCUAAAGCUGUAAAAACCCAUUUUAGCCUUCGUUCUCUCUCUCAUUAUUCUGCUGUUAACCUAUCCAAAAAAAAAAAAAAUGGAAUAAAGAAAAUAAAAACUCACUUGACCAUUUUUUCUAUUAGUUUUCUAUGCUAGCUUCUUUGUUAAUAAUUUAGAUUUGGUGUAAAGAACUUAAUUGAAGUCAACCAGACUGCAGUGGGAAAAAGCUUGAUAUUUCUUCAAAAUUUCGCUUUGAAAACCACCAUUCUCAGUUGAUCUUUUAUUUUAUUUUUAUUUAUACUGUUUAUGUGGUGUUCUGUGUUGUAUAGUUUUUUUUUUUUUUUUAAAUGCAUUUCUUGUUGACUUGUUAUUUUGGUAUCUAAUGAUGUGGUCAGACUAGCUGCUUCCACUUGGGCUUUGGCUAGCUAGAAUCACUUUCAAUGCUCCAAGUCCAGAACUAAGCUCAAGCAUUCUCACCUCUGAUAUCUCCUGGUCAUGUCACCAAAAACCUUCCCCAAUUGACAGAACGUUCCACUAUCAACACUUGGAAAAGCAUCUUUCAAGGUGUAGUAAGCUUAUAUGGAUACUUUUUUAAAGAACCUAGAUUCAUGCCAUAAACUUAUGCUAUUUUUUGCAAUUACGAGGAAAUGUCCUUAAUAACCUCAAUUCAAGUGGUUCAUCAAUGGAGAUCUAUCAAGUUCAGGCAGAAGUUACAGAAGGUCAUUAGAAGUUUCACGAGGCUGCUGUCUUUUUUUCCUUUUUUCUUAUGUAGUAGUAAUUAUAUUAAAGUCAAUAAAUACAAAUGGUGGGGGAGGAGAACCUAACAAUCACCCCAAAGUAGCUAGCCCAAAGUGAGGUAAUAAUCAAUCAUAAAGCAGGAAAUGACUCCAAAGAAAUCUGGCUAAUUCCUUGUUUCUUGGUGUUACAUAGAGAUCUUACUACUAGUGGAUUUUGAGAGAGUUUACUAAUGGACUGCUGUGAGGUGCAAUCUGUAGAAGCCCAAUUGAAGCAGUUAUUGUUGAACUCUAGUCCUACGUUGUCGGUAGGAGCACAAAGCUCCUGGCAGAAACACACAAAAAGUAGAGAUUCUGUGAACCAUCCUCUAUGAGGAACUGGAUCUAGUACUGAUGAGGAUGGUGGAGCUGGACACCAGGAGGUUCUCAGCAAGGCAUAUAGGCACAUAGGUGGCAGAGUUUGGUGGAUUGGCGCAAAUAUGAGCUCUGAAUUCCUUGAAAAUACAAAAAAGAAAAACUAACAGUAAAUUAAAGGAAAAGAGGUGUUUGAGAAGAGGGAAAUUCUCUAUGGGUGGCAGUAGGCUGCAAAAUGUCCAGAAGGUGUGGCACAUGGGGUUCACCUGGAUGAGCGUUAUUCUCACAUGUCCAGAAAAUGGGAAAAGUGGUGGCUCUGUUAGAUUGGGAGGAGAGAGGUUAUAGGCUUGCUGCGUGGACAAAGAAUCGGUUUGCUGACACAGUGGCCACACUAGCAUCCAUGAUCAGUUGAAAGACACUUGUGUGUUGAAGGUUGUUGGAUAAGUUGGUGCCUUUUCCAUCUGGUGAAACUGAUGAUGAUACUUUAGCCAGUGAUGUCACUAGAACACCAAGCUCAGCAAGCAAGCUCUCAAGAGCACCUGUCUACUUGAGGAAGGUGUGAAUCCUUUCUUCUUUGAACAACAAUCUGGAAUGCAACAUGGCAUACCUGAAAGCCCUAAGAAUGGUUGGUCAGCCACGGAGGAACAUGCUGAUGGAGAGAGAGAGGAGAACUGAUAGAUAGAGAAGAAGAAGAGGGGGCUAGUUGGUUGAAACAGGGGGAGGGCUCUGCCCUAAUGGUAACCUCAUGGGCAGACUGGGUGCUGCUGGUUUUUGGUUGGGAAAGAAUCCGUGAAGCCGUGUUCUUUUAAAGUUACAAGUCUAGGCUUUGCCUCACUGAGGUGAAAGAAACAUAAACCUCAUCUAUCUAGGCUCGGACACAAUGAUGUGUGAUAAAGAACAGGACUAGGAUGCUGGCCGAGAUAGAGAUGGAAGCCAGCCUAUACUUUCCUGGGACCUGCCUUGCCCCAGGCAGGCGCCGAGAAAGAACCAGCUCAGCCUCUUCAAGAAAGCUUUUAUUGGUAGACGCUGCCUAUUCACUUGGACAAUGUUCUGUUCACAAAAAUGUUCAGUUCCGCCUCCUCCCAUACUGAGCCACACGCAGGAGGACUUGCACGUGUGGUUCUGGUCGGAGACCCCGGUAUACAGUACUAAUGUGUAUGUCUCUGUAACUCAAGUGAGAUUUUCAUGGCGCAAAAGCGGAUAAUUGUUUGAUAUGCUUGCUGUCGAUGGACCUGUAAUGUUCAUAUACAUAAAUUCACCAAAAUUUUUUAUUUCUCUUAGUCGAGCAUAAAUAUACAUAAAUUCACUGUUUGCUUA